ACAAAGACCGUCUCCUCUCGUGCCAGUAAAGUUCUAGCUGUGAGCAUGCUCAGACACAGGGGAGGCACCAAAGUUAGUAUAUCAGAACUCCUUCUGAGGUAUAAGGAGCAUAUGUCUAACAACUCAGUUGCUGUGAACCCAUUGUUACGUUUCUGGUAUUAAGUGUCUCUUCAGCCGCAGAUUGAUUGCAAUGUUCCUUCUACUUCAUUUCAUCGUUCUGAUGGAUGUCAAAGAUUAUUCACUGGCUGAAGGCAGUACAAUCACUCCUUUGUGCCCAAAAGGAUAUUUUCCCUGUGGGAAUCUCUCCCAGUGUUUGCCUCGUGCUUUUCACUGUGACGGCGUGGAGGACUGUGGGAACGGGGCUGACGAGGAGAACUGUGGAGACACUAGUGGAUGGGCGACUAUAUUUGGCACAGUCCAUGGAAAUGCUAAUAAUGUGGCAUUAACACAGGAGUGCUUUUUAGAUCAGUACCCACAGCGCUGUGUGUGCAAAGGCUCUGAGUUGGAAUGUGUAAAUGCUGGCUUGAAGUCUGUGCCAAUGGUUUCUAGCAAUGUGACGUUACUGUCUCUUAAGAAAAACAAUAUUCACAGUCUUUCAGAUAAAGUUUUCAUCAAAUACACAGAACUUAAAAAGAUAUUCCUCCAGCAUAACUGUAUUACAUAUAUAUCCAGAAAAGCAUUCUUUGGAUUACAUAAUCUGCAAAUACUAUAUCUCAACCACAACUGCAUCACAACUCUCAGACCUGGAGUCUUCAAAGACUUACAUCAGCUGACUUGGCUAAUUUUAGAUGACAAUCCCAUAAACAGAAUUUCACAGCGGUUGUUUACUGGAUUAAAUUCCUUGUUUUUCCUGUCCAUGGUGAACAACCACCUACAAGUCCUUCCCAAGCAGAUGUGCGCCCAAAUGCCUCAGCUCAACUGGAUGGAUUUGGAAGGCAACAGGAUAAAAUUCCUCACGAACUCCACCUUUCUGUCGUGCAGUUCUCUCACAGUGCUGUUUCUGCCUAGAAAUCAAAUUGGUUUUGUUCCAGAGAAGACAUUUUCUUCAUUAAAAAAUUUAGGAGAACUGGACCUGUCUAGCAACAUGAUAUCGGAGCUACCACCCCACAUUUUCAAAGACCUGAAGCGUCUACAGAAACUGAAUCUGUCGUCCAAUCCUCUUUUGUAUCUCCACAAGAGCCAGUUUGGAAGUCUUAAACAACUUCAGUCUUUAGACCUGGAAAGGAUAGAGAUUCCGAAUAUAAACACACGGAUAUUUCAACCCAUGAAGAAUCUUUCCUACAUUUAUUUCAAAAACUUUCGAUACUGCUCCUAUGCUCCCCAUGUCCGAAUAUGUAUGCCCUUGACUGACGGCAUUUCUUCAUUUGAGGACCUCUUGGCUAACAAUAUCCUCAGAGUAUUUGUCUGGGUUAUAGCUUUCAUAACCUGCUUUGGAAAUCUUUUUGUCAUUGGCAUGAGAUCUUUCAUUAAAGCUGAAAACACGACUCACGCUACGUCCAUCAAAAUCCUUUGCUGUGCAGACUGCCUGAUGGGUGUGUAUUUGUUCUUCAUCGGCCUUUGUGAUCUAAAGUACCGUGGGCAGUAUCAGAAGUACGCGCUGCUGUGGAUGGAGAGCUUGCAGUGCCGCCUCCUGGGCUUCCUGGCCAUGCUGUCCACUGAGGUCUCUGUCCUCUUGCUCACGUACUUGACCUUGGAGAAGUUCCUGGCCGUUGUCUUUCCCUUCAGUAACAUUCGUCCUGGAAAAUGGCAGACCCUGGCCAUCCUCAUCUGCAUCUGGAUUGUGGGGUUCUUAAUAGCUGUGACUCCGUUGUGGAAGGAGGAUUAUUUUGGAAACUUUUAUGGAAAAAAUGGAGUAUGUUUCCCACUUUAUUAUGACCAAACAGAAGAUAUUGGAAGCAAAGGGUAUUCUCUUGGAAUUUUCCUAGGUGUGAAUUUGCUGGCUUUCCUCAUCAUUGUGUUUUCCUAUACUGUCAUGUUCUGUUCCAUUCAAAAAACUGCCCUGCAGACUUCAGAAGUGAGGAGUCACAUGGGAAGAGAGGUGGCUGUUGCAAACCGUUUCUUUUUUAUAGUGUUCUCUGACGCCAUCUGCUGGAUUCCUGUGUUUGUAAUUAAAAUUCUUUCCCUCUCCCGGGUGGAAAUACCAGGCACAAUCACCUCCUGGGUCGUCAUUUUUUUCCUUCCAGUAAACAGUGCCUUGAACCCAAUCCUCUACACUCUCACAACCAGCUUUUUCAAGGACAAGUUGAAACAGCUGUUGCACAAACAUCGGAGAAAAUCGAUUUUCAAAACUAAAAAAAAAAGUGUGUCUACUUCCAUCGUGUGGGCGGAUGACUCCUCUGCACUUAAACCUGGGGCUUUGAACAAAAUAAACCUCGAGGACAAUAUAGUGAAACCAAUUUCCUAGUCAUGGUUUUGGAGCACUGGACUUCAAACGGACUACCUGAAAAAGCACAGCGUUUGGAAGAUGACGCCUGCAACGCUUUUCAUCUUUACCGAGAGCGAACCUUGACUGCACUGGGAGCAUAGUAGGAGGAUGUCAGGCAUGACGUUCUGAUGGCAGCCGUGGUGUUUAUCAACUGAGGACUGUACCUGAGGGUCUCCUCACCCUGACAUGCCUGCGAUGCACUAAUGGACCCAUAAGUAGCAGGCUGAUGGGCAGUGGAUCUCUAUCUCGGCAGCACGGCCAACCUACCAGUGGAUGCCCACCUGUUGGUCCUGCAUGAUCUGCUCUUAAAUUGAGUUGCGCUGUCCAUUAAAUAAAAACAUUCAUGACAUCUAAUUCUAGCGUGGCCAUAAUCGCAUUAAGCCUAAAUCGCUUUCCUUGCUUUUUCAAUGUCAAAUGAAACCAUCAGCAUCCUGCUGAAGUGAUAGCAAAAGGACUUCUGAGAUGUCCGCUCACCUCAAGUCCUCCCUAAGGAGGCCAGUGGAGCAGCAGCUUUGAAAGCGGAACUUUGCACAAGGCUCGAAGUCUAUUAUAUGACCACAGAGGGGCGUGCUGACUAUUCACCUGGUACCGUUCACCUUUUUGGUUUGUAUGUGAUGUCAGAAGAGUAUGCUCUCAAAAUAUUUUUCUUAAGGUUGCCCACACCGCAGAGGAAAAUUGGGCAUUACAACUGCCAAAAACUACAUUUCUGUAUGUUUUAAAAUAUAAUUUCUCUAGAGCAUCAUCCCUAUUGCUGGCAAGUUCUGCCUUCACAGAACACACAGAUAAGUGUUAAGGGGGCUUUAAGAAUACCGGACUCAGAUAAAUUCCCAUUGUUUUUAACAAAAAAGCUAGUAAGUUUGUUCUUUUUUUUUUGGAAAAUGAAAAGCACUUGUGAAGGCCUGGACAUGUUUUUAUACUGAAAGAUUAUAUGUGAAAAAAAGAAUCAGAUAAAUAAAAUUCUAUUUUGCAA